UUGUCUUUAACGCGGAGCCGAUGCCUGCCGCGUAGGGAUGCGGGAGAGGAGGGAGAGCCUGUGCGCCCAUCCCUGCUCUGCCUUUCGCUUUAAAAGGUCCGGAUCCUCCCGGUCAUCUGACUCAGGUCAAGCAGGACUUUCCGUUGCCAACAGCCGGCAGAUCCCACCGGAGCAUCUCCCCGCGCCGGCUGCUGCCCCCCGGGAGGGAGGCGGGAGGAUCCUGCGAUCCCUGGAAGACUGAGAGGCCGACCCCCCAUGGAUCACCUCCCGGCAUGAGCACCGACGCCGAGCAGCUCCUGGCAGGGGCCCGGGCGGCCGCCGUGCCCCUCUGGACCGUCUCCAGCUGGGCCGGCUCCGAGAUGCCCCCCAACAGCAGCGCGGCGGCGGGAGAGGCCGGGCGGCGGCAGGGCCCGGCGGAGCAGGGCGGGACGGCGGGCGAGAUCGCGGGGAUGGUGGUGAUCCAGUGCAUCUACGCCCUGGUGUGCCUGCUGGGGCUGCUGGGCAACUCCCUGGUCAUCUUCGUCAUCCUGCGCUACGCCAAGAUGAAGACGGCCACCAACAUCUACCUGCUCAACCUGGCCAUCGCCGACGAGCUCUUCAUGCUCAGCAUCCCCUUCGUGGCCACCUCGGCCGCGCUGCACCACUGGCCCUUCGGGCGGGCGCUGUGCCGCACCGUGCUGGGCGUGGACGGGCUCAACAUGUUCACCAGCGUCUUCUGCCUGACGGUGCUCAGCCUGGACCGCUACAUCGCCGUGGUGCACCCGCUGCGCGCGGCCACCUACCGCCGCCCCAGGGUGGCCAAGAUGGUCAACGGCGGCGUGUGGCUCCUCUCCCUGCUCGUGGCGUCGCCCAUCCCCGUCUUCGCUGGGACGGCGGCCACCCGCGACGGCCAGGCCGUGGCCUGCAACCUGCUGUGGCCCAGCCCGGCCUGGUCGGCCGCCUUCGUGGUGUACACCACCCUGCUGGGCUUCCUGCUGCCCGUGUCGGCCAUGGGGCUCUGCUACCUGCUCAUCGUGGGCAAGAUGCGGGCGGUGGCGCAGCGGGUGGGCUGGGAGCAGCGCCGGCGCUCCGAGGGCAAGCUCACCCGCCUGGUGCUCAUGGUGGUGGCCGUGUUCGUGGUGUGCUGGAUGCCCUUCUACGUGGUGCAGCUGGUCAACCUCCUGCUGCCCGGCCGCCUGGACGCCACGGUCAACAACGCCUCGCUCAUCCUCAGCUACUCCAACAGCUGCGCCAACCCCAUCCUCUACGGGUUCCUCUCGGAGAAUUUCCGGCACUCCUUCCACGGCGUGCUGCGGCGCUGCCUGGACGCCAGCCUGUGCUGCUGCCACGCCGGGGACAGGGACGGCGACGAGGACGAGGAGGAGGAAGAGCCCCUCGACUACUGCGCCGUCCCCCGGGGGGACGACAAGGGCAAGGGCUGCGUGUGCCCCCCCCUGCCCUGCCAGCAGGACCCCCUGCACCCCCAGCCCUGCUGCAAGCCCGGGCCCCUCCUCACAAAGACCACCACCUUCUAGGGGGGGGCCCCCGCGCCGUGUCAGCCCCGGGGGUGGAAGGGGAUCCCGGAUGGAGAGGGGACGGACGCCGUGCCCGCCCCGCCGGCCCACCCUGUGCUGUGCUGUGCAGUUCCCCAAAUAAAAAGCCAUAAGACUGGCCUGGGAUACCGUGAA